AAAUCAAUUAUUUUUAUUAUUAUUAUUAGAGUUGUAUUCAUAAAUAAAAUUAUUCGAAUAAAUGUUGUAAUAAUGCGUUUUUCAAUGCAAUUGUCGUGUCAUAAAUUUGAAGUUUACGCUCUCUCUUUAAUUGCCAUGGGCGUUAUUGGAUUUUGUAUACACUAUGCCAUAGCACUGGUAAUAUUGAAUAAAGAAAUCACACCAACUGUCGGUAUGUUGUAUCCACGCGAAUCGGAAACCCGAGAAGUACGCUCUUUAGAUGGUAUUUGGAAUUUUGUCAAAUCCGAUGUAACAAAUCCCACGCAGGGUAUCAGAGAUAAAUGGUAUACAGACGAUUUGAGUCGUGUACAAGAAACGAUACCCAUGCCGGUGCCUGCUAGUUACAAUGAUAUCACAACUGAAAGUGCGUUGCGAGAUCAUGUGGGAACCGUAUGGUAUGAUCGAAAAUUCUUUGUGCCAAAAUCAUGGUCCAAUCAGCAAAGAGUUUGGCUGAGAUUUGGCAGUGUUCAUUACGAAGCAUUUGUAUAUCUCAAUGGUGAAAUGGUGGUGAGACAUGAAAUGGGUCAUUUGCCUUUUGAGGCCGAAAUAACAAAUAAAUUAAAAUAUGGCGAAGAGAAUCGCAUAACAGUUAUGUGUGAUAAUGCCUUAAUACAAACCACUGUACCUCAGGGUAAAAUUACGGAAAUAUCAAGAGAUGAUGGUGUUGCCAUAAUACAACAAUAUUCAUUUGACUUUUUCAAUUAUGCCGGUAUACACCGUUCUGUGCAUUUAUAUACCACACCCUUAACAUUUAUCGAAGAGAUUGAAGUUACCACCGAUCUAACAAAAGAUAAUACAGUUGGUUUUGUCUACUAUAAGGUGAAUACAAAUGGUGUGUCAGCCAAUGAAGCUGCCAGUGAAUUAUAUGUUCGUGUACAAUUACGCAAUAAGGAGGGAGUUAUUGUGGCGAAUGAAACUUCUAAUUCCGACCUAAAAGGUGUCUUAGAACUACAAAAAGUUAUGCCCUGGUGGCCAUAUUUAAUGCAUCCCGAUCCAGGUUAUUUAUAUCAAAUGGAAGUAUUUUUACAUGGCACCGACAAUGUUCUGCUCGAUGUUUAUCGUUUACGUGUGGGUGUUAGAACUUUAAGUUGGAAUAAUACCACCUUUAUGAUUAAUAAUCGCCCGGUUUAUUUCCGUGGUUUUGGUAGACAUGAAGAUUCGGAUAUUCGUGGCAAAGGUUUGGAUUUAGCCUUAAUGACUCGUGAUUUCAAUUUGCUGAAAUGGAUUGGCGCCAAUGCAUAUCGUACAUCUCAUUAUCCCUACUCGGAGGAGUCUAUGCAAUUUGCUGAUGAAAAUGGUAUCAUGAUUAUUGACGAAUGUCCCAGUGUUGAUACAGAAAAUUUCAAACAAGAGUUAUUAGAUAAGCACAAAUCAGCCAUGGAACAAUUAAUACAUAGAGAUCGUAAUCAUCCUAGUGUAGUGAUGUGGUCCAUAGCCAAUGAACCCCGUACAAAUCAAUUAAAUGCCGGUUCAUAUUUCCAAUACGUGGCAAACUAUACUCGUGAAUUAGAUCCUACUAGACCGGUAACAGCAGCCAUAGCUGUACCGUCACAAGAUGAUAAAGCUGCCAAAUAUUUAGAUAUAAUUAGUUUUAAUCGUUACAAUGGUUGGUAUAGUAAUCCAGGACGUUUGGAUAUGAUUACGAAACGUGUUAUCGAUGAGGCUACAACAUGGAAUAAACGUCACAAUAAACCGGUUAUUAUGUCAGAAUAUGGUUCGGAUACUGUUGAGGGUUUGCACAUAUUACCAUCCUAUGUUUGGUCCGAAGAUUACCAAUCUCAAUUAUUCGCUCAACACUUUAAAGCUUUCGAUACUUUACGAAAGAAAACUUGGUUUAUUGGUGAAUUUGUUUGGAAUUUUGCUGAUUUUAAAACAGCUCAAACUGUUACCCGUGUGGGCGGUAAUAAAAAAGGUGUCUUUACCCGCAACCGCCAGCCAAAAGCUGUCGCACAUCUCUUGCGUAAACGCUACUUUGCCUUGGGUCGUGAAAUGGAUCAGUGCAAUUUCCCAGAAGAUCUAUUCACCUACAUAACAGAUGUCAGUUCUUCACGUAUAGGUAAACAUGAUGAAGCCGAUUUAUAAUAAAUUUUACAAAGUCAUUAUUAACAUUUUUCGUUGCUCUCUAACUCUCUUGAACAUUCCACUGCAUUUUCUAUGCUUUUUUUACAGUGUAAGAUGUCAUAUUUUUUAUGGCAGUAUUUUUAAUUUAUUUAUAAUUAUGUAAAUGUAUUAUGUAUUUAUGUAU